CGUAACGCCGCGACGCCGCGCCAACCUGACAUUUUUUUUUAUUAAAAACAACCGAUGAUCGGAUGGAGGCCGACACAUCGGUUCGACCCGUGCAAAUCCAUCACACUUUACGAGUCAAUGGCGAGGACGUCUGACUAUAUUUAAUCGUAUCCAUCGUCAUGUUUCAAAGAGAAAAACACAAAGCGACGUCAAUUCGACGUGCGAUACGGUUUUUUGAAAAAAAUUUGAGAUGCUACAUUUUGGCACACGUUCAUCCGCAUUACAUUCAUACGCAGGUGACGCUUUAGUCAUUGCGUCAGUUUGUGUCCAGUUUGACGCAACAAGAAUUAUUAUUCGUAAUUUAUCGUUGUUAUUUCUAACCUCGCCGCUUCCACGAAACAUACUCCCCGUGUACUACUACUACUUUGUACUACCCCGUGUGCUACUCAUUACUACUGAACCUUGCACCCGAAAUCUGAAGAUCUCAAUCGUGUGAAUGUCUCGAUCAACCAUACGAGCAGCGUGAAACGGUUGCGGGCGAGGAUAAAAACGAAAGCCUAUCAUUGUUUACGUUGUGGCGCGAAAACAGCUACCUUCAUAUUUUGGGCCACAUUGUACAUGAUAGUCAUGAAAAUGACAAUUUUCAAGAGCAACACCACAACUGCACCGGUGAAGGAUUGGGCGAUACCACCUGAUAAUUACACCAAAUGGAUGUUUCAGGGUCCAGUUAUAGGCGAUGACGAGCCUGAGACGGAUUCGAAUCAGAACCAAUGGUUGGAGCCAGACAACAUAACGGUCCAAGAACUAGAGCAACGCGUAAUUAGAGUACAGAAUGUUUGUCGUAAGCGACACCUGCCUUCAGAUACAAUAAAUAACAAGGAAUUCUUUGUAGAUCACCUGCAUAAUCUCGUGUGGUGUAAUGUUUUUAAAGCUGCCAGUUCCUCUUGGUUAUACAAAUUCAACAUUCUAGGCGGUUACGAUAGGAAAUUUUUGGGAAGAACAAGGCAAACGCCUCUGAUGCUGGCAAGAAAAAAGUUUCCACGUCCAAAUGCCGAAGAAUUGAAGGACUCUAUAAACACGCCCGGCGUAAUUUCUUUAAUGAUAGUUCGCGAGCCAUUCGUUCGUCUCCUGUCAGCGUAUCGGGAUAAAUUAGAGAACAUAACUCCGCCAUAUUACAGAAAACUAGCGAGGGCCAUCGUGGCCAGGCACAGGGAAGAUGCAACAAAAAUCCUUGGACCAAUAAAAAGUUUCGGACCUACGUUUUACGAAUUCGUAGCUUAUUUGAUACAUAAACAUAAGGAAAAAGAUGAAAAAUUUACUUUUGAUGAGCACUGGGCGCCGUAUUAUCAGUUUUGCUCUCCGUGCGCAGUUAAUUUUACAGUAAUCGGUAAAGUGGAAACUCUUAAAAGGGACUCUGCGUAUGUGAUACAACAACUAGGUCUCGGACAUUUGUUAGGUCGAACCACAGGGGAUAAGCGGACGAGACUUCGUACAGUAAUGAACAAAUCAAGAGACGGAAAGAACACGACAUCUAUAUUGAAAUAUUACUUUAGUCAACUAAAUGAAAAUUUGCUUAAAGAUCUCUUGAAUAUUUACGGUAUAGAUUUCGAAAUGUUUGGAUAUGAUCCAAAUGUGUAUCAAAGUUUCGUUAGAAAAUAAAUAUUGAUGUUUAAAACUAAA